AUGGCAAAUGAAAAACCGACUACGUGUUCAAGGUCUUUCAAACCUGAUGAGAGUUUUCGUUCUUUUGUGAAUGUAUUCAUAGCGAUGUGCUUGACUGCAUGCAUUAUAUCUCAAGUUUCUGUGUGCGUUUAUAUGUACCACAAGUUUACGAGGCUGGACGAACGCAUUGAUAAUUUGGGAAACAUAAUUGAGAAGAUCGUUGUUGAAAGAUCAUUUAAGUCCCAUACAAAUCAAACAGCCUUGGAUGAAAACAAAGUCGUACGGGAAAGAAGGUCCGUACAACAAAGGGCCACUAAUCUGCAAAGUCUGGCUAAGCGUGUUAUCGUGAUUGAAAAGAGGUAAGCAGAAACGCCACACGAGCGAUUGACUAGAGUUAGCUUUUGACACUUGUCGGAAUAAGCCCGAAACACUGCUCUGUGUUUGUUUUCAUGAAAAAUUAACACGGGAUCUUUAAAAGCUAGAGACGAGGAAGUUUCCCCAUAGAUUUUUUCUUAGAUCUGUUAAAUCUCUUAAAUGCCAAGAGGUGACACGGUGGAACUGAGCAUUUCUUUUUUAUUAGAUUACAAGAAUACAACAGAACUGCUGCUGAAAGGUGGAUCUCAAGGCAUUUUGUAAGAGGUCAGUAAAGAUAACAAAAUAAUGCUGUACCGUCAUACUUCGCAAAGUUUAAGAUUUUUAAAAGAGGAUAAAAAUUCAAAAUGGCGGGUCAAUAAUGGAGGUCAUCUGAAAUCGUGACAAUUUCCACAUCAAAUAACGUCACCAAGUCACUUGAAAAACCAUGACAACAACUAUGUUUCAAUAUUCCCACGUGAGUACGUAGUAUUACCUACAUUAUUUAUGUUACAAAUCUCAAAUUAAAAUACGCCUUUAAUAUUAUUAAAGAACAAGUUUUUGUCAAUUUUCCAUACAUGAAUGUAUGUAAGCAGCUGUAAGUCUGUAGAUCUCACAAAACCGUGAACACAGAAAUAUUUAUGGAAUGUUAUUGUGUUGCGAGAAAUAAGCCAAUAAGGCUUACUUUUUGAACGAGUUUUUUAGCUCUUUGAUGUAACGUGUUAAAAUAAAUGGUUGAUUGAUUGAUUGAUAACUAAACUGCAAAAAGCAACGGCAAUUAGUUAGUGGUUUUAAGGUUUGCUUGUGUAUCCUGAACUUUAUUGUGAUUGGCCAGUACACAAUCAACAUUCCUGAAAUUUUUCAGGUGUGCACGGUUUUCUGAGUUUGACAGUAAAAAGGAGGUAUUUAUUACUAAUGUUUAGGGGACGGGAGAGACUCGGCCAUUUCCUAGUUCCAGAUGACGACUGGAAUUGCGGAGCUGCAUAAAUUCGAUAUCUCUGCAAAUCGGUUUUCUUUCAAAACUCCUUUGCAUGCCUUUUACUCUAAACCGAAAUGGUACUAUUAUAAGUCCAUCACUCAGGUCACUCUUCCUCAGGGGGAAUGUCUCUUGUUAGAGUAAAACGCUUUAUGAUGUUCUAAGAAUGUCUCCCCGGGGGACACAUGUGACUAGUACGUAGUUCCGCUCAAAUUUUCAGGUCGCGAUGGAAGAGAUGGAAGACCAGGCCCCCCUGGACCGGCUGGACAGGCAGGUCUUCCCGGUAAGUUCAUUUUGCAGAACUUAUAGUUAACGUAAAUGACCUGAUAAACACCCCGUGCGUCUAUUUAAUUUUAGGGGUCCAAGCAGGGGCGCUUAAUAGAUAAGAGGCGUUUAUUUUUCAUAACUGUAACAAGCUCAACAAAACUAAUAUGCUUUCGGCGAAAAUAUCAAGACAGAGGUUAAAUAGCAGAAGGCACUUCAUCAAUUGAUACGUCUAGGCCUUCCAGAGAUCCAUAUCGCUGUUUCAAAUCCCAACAUCGAUAUCAGAAUCCUCGGUCAAGGUCAUUUUGAUGCCAUCGUUAAUCUAUCCUUACUUGGAACUUGACGUGAACAAUAUGAAAUACGCAAACCCUGGUGAAAUAAGCAAUUGCAAGAAACUAUAUGAAUUGCUCCUUUUUGCUAAUUCCUAGUAUUUUGGAGUUAUUCUCACAGGAGACGUCUAUUAGACAGGGGGCAUUUAUUAGACAAAUGCGUUUAUUUGAAAGUGGGCGUUUAUUAGGUCAUUUACGGUAUGACUAAUGACAAUGCAACUCCACCUUGCCGCUGUCAGGUCCAUCUAUAGAGCGUUUUCACAUGAUGUCACGGCGGCCAUAUUCGUGUUCCAAAACAAUGAAACGGCGGCCAUGUUGGUGUACCAAGAAAAUCCUCUAGGCGUUUAACUCUAACUCUUUUCUCAUGUAAAUGCUUUCUUUUGUUCCAAUGAAUUAGCACAGAUGCUGGCCACGUGAGCGAAAACGCUCUUUUCGGCCAUCGAUCUUGUAGCUAAAUGGGCUAAAUGGCCGCUUCAAUUUGUCCCGCUUUAAAAAGCCGUACAGUUUCUCCCAAGAAAACCUCACCAAUGCUAUUAAAGGCCACAUUGUAGAAUCCCAACGUGUAUAUUUGGCUUCAAAUUUACCUAGGAUAAGGCCUCGAAUUUAUCCAACGUGUAGUCACUGAUCUCUCCUUAGGCAAACUGAAGAAGAGCGAGUGAAACAAGCGAGCUCUCGUGAAUAUUACCCAAGUGAGAAAGGCGAGAAUAAAGAUUUUGUUUCUCUCCCCUUAGUCUCCUUACGCCGCGUCUUGCCUUUCUCCCUAAAGAAGGAUUGGAUCAAUUUAGGUUCUGGGAAACUGACCACCCACCCUCCCCUACGUCAAUAUCAUCACUUACUUCCCACUUAGGGCAAACUGUUGGCUUAGGGGAGGGGUAGGUGGGAAGUUUCCCACCAAGGGUUUUUACGCUGGCUCGUGUACGGUUCAAUGUAAACGGGUUGCACACAGGUAAAAAAUUAGUCCGUUCAAAAAUUUGUCUGGACCCAUGUAAAUGGGGUCUAGCUAACGUUAGCACUACUGUGUUCGUAUGGGAAUGUGCCCACGAAGCACGUGCAUUAACGCAGAUUCGAGCGAAGAAAAAAAAAACACUUUAACAGUCUAGUUGCGUGGAAAAGCCUGCGCUUUAACAAAUUCAGUUCCGAUCAGUUUAUAAAUUCAAUUCUAAUGAAAUAUAAAAGUUAGAAGUGUGUCAUGGCAAGUUUUACGCUGAUUUAUAUCAAAGUUUCACUGAACUAACAUAUGCAUGCAGUGGUCUGUAAAAGAAUAACACUGCUAACAUUUUUUAUGCAAACAAGAAAACUGAAAUGAAUAUUCUCUCAAACUUAGGAUUUCCUUUCAGGCAGAGACGGGAAGGAUGGUAAAGACGGUAAAGAUGGAAGAGACGGCAGAGAUGGAAGAGAGGGUCCCGCUGGACCUCGAGGAAUUGCGGGACCUCGAGGUAUGACCCAGACCUUGACCACAUACCGUGUUGCACAAAAUUUUUGCGGGUUCUAAUUUUUGCGAUUUUCGCGAUUUUUCCAGCAAUCCGCAAACAUAAGUUCCCGCAAAUAAAAAUUACGGCAAACAUUUUUCCAGCAAACAUUUACUCCAGAGUAAAUAUUCUCCAACUUAAAUUCGCUAAACAAAAAUGCGGAAGUAAAAGAUCGUGUCCGUUCAAUUGCAACUUGCCUCAAAACGGUAUACAAUGGUUUUACAUACACACAUACCGUGGUUCUAUUUGAAAAUACGUAUUUAUAUAUACACGUACUUAACAAAAACGAAAAUAUUAUCAAUACUGGGUACUGGGUACUUCCUGAAAAUGGCAAAAAUUAGUUCUCAGCGAGAAAAACCAAUCUGUCUCCACAAAAAUGAUUUUUUUUUAUUUGUAGCAAACGAAAUAAUAGAUUCACUAACGAAACGAUAUAUAAAUUACCUGAAAAAAUAUCCUUAUAACUAAAAGCAACAUUGUAACAGCAGGUAUGUUUUCAAAAACUAACGACAAGAUGGAGGUUACUGAGAGUUUUAUUAUGUGUAGUCAUACCUCGAUACAACGAAGGCCCAACUGACUGGCAAAAUGUGUUCGCAAUCAAGGCACUUUUUCAUAUAUAACUAUUACUAACUGCAGGGUGAAGAAAAUCGUUCGUUAUGUCGAGGCCUUCGUAUACCUGCUUGGGUUUAACUUACACCUACAGGGGUUUAACUUAUACCUAUACUUGGGUUUAACUUAUACCUAUACUUGGGUUUAACUUAUACCUACUUGGGUUUAACUUAUACCUACAGGGAUUUAACUUAUACCUUCAGGGGUUUAAUAUAUUUAUACCUACAUGAGGGGUUUCAUUUAUACCUACUUGGGUUUAACUUAUACUUAUUUCAUGAAUCACACAUUUUCUUUUGUUAUUCAACAUCCUUUAUUUAACUUACAUACUUCAUGAAUAUUUAACUAACUGAAAGUCUGGGGAGGGCUUGAUAAUGUAGCAGGGAAGAGCGGGGCUGAUGAAUUGAAUAAAUUGCUAAUUAUAAAUGCAAGGGCAAUAUCUAUAUAAAUACCCGGUAUUUAUCUGUAUAUUGCCCUGCUGCCCUGGGCAAUAUACAAAUAAAUCCCUUCCAUUUAUAAUGAGCAAUUAAAGCAAAUCAUACACGUCCUUUGACCCCGCCAAACAUUCUGAGAAAAUUUCUCCCUUUAACACAAAUAUAGAAAUUUAUUCUGCAACUAUAGAAAAUACAGUAGUAUCCCAUAUAUCAUGCAGGCUAUGUGUUCACUCUAAGAAAAUUUUAAGUCUUUGGAAAAUUUCGUCGUCACUUACACGCUUCCAGGUUCUUUCUUCUUCCGAAUUUCCAAAACAAACUUCCCAAGCCAGUAGUCAAGCUGCUCAUUAGCGACUUUCUUAAUGUCAGGAUUGACUUCGUAGUAUUUCUCUUUGCUGCUAUUCUUUUUAACUUUUACAUUGCGUUCGACGGCCCAUUCCUCCCAGCAACGUACCGCCCAUGAAGUAUUAACUUUCGUGUUUGCCGGUAUUCUGGACUCUCUUCUCUUCUCGACUUCGUUAUCACAAACAACAACGAUAUUACGCCCAGGAUUUUCCUUCUUUUCGACUUCAACACUAUCUCGUUCGCUUACUUCUCUAAAGUCUCCCACCAACUCUUCCAAAUUCAACUCAGGGGAAAAAGGCUCCUGAGAGAAAGUAUUUUGCGUUAGGAAAAUUUCGUCGUCACUAUCCAUUGCCGCUCUCACAAGUGUACUGGCCCCCCAAAAAAUACCAAGACAAAAAUAAAAAAACACAAAAGGUUUGAAAUUUGAUUGUUGUCGGCUUAGCAAACAAACAAUGCGCUAUUGUUCUCCGUUUCUCACCUAAGUGAGAACAAGUGGUUUGAACAAAUUAUGACCCGUGAAACGCCCUUUCUCGAUGCUGUGUGAAAACCUUUACAAUACUUACAAUGAAAUACGUCAUUGUCUGGGGUCGGAUCAAAAAAUGACAAACAAACAGAUGUCAAAAACAAGUGGCCAAUUAUUGCCCUGUGAAGACGACCUUUAUGUAACCUAUACCUCAUGAAUAAUAUCAUGAAAUAAGUUAGAUAAACCCCUCGAACGUCGGUAUUAAUCCAUAUACAUCCCUCGGGCCUACGGCCCUCGGGAUGUAUAUGGCUUAAUACCUCCGUUCUCGGGCUUUAUCUCUUACGUACUUGGGUUUAACUUAUACCUACAGGGCUUUAACUUAUACCUACAGGGCUUUAACUUAUACCUACGGGGGUUUAACUUAUACCUACUUAGGUUUAACUUAUACCUACUUGGGUUUAACUUAUACCUACAGGGCAUUAACUUAUACCUACAGGGGUUUAACUUAUACCUACAUGAGGGGUUUAACUUAUACCUGCUUGGGUUUAACUUAUACCUACAUGAGGGGUUUAACUUAUACCUACUUAUGUUUAACUUGUACCUACAGGGGUUUAACUUAUACCUACACGGCUUUAACUUAAACCAAAAACUCAUAAGGGGUUGAAACGUGUAACUCUCAGAUGUUUGCUUUGUCCGAUGCUCGUGAUUAUUCAUUUUCGAAAGUACCAUAUUUGGAACGAGAAGAAAAGAUAACUGACCAAUCAAACUACGUUGUUUUGUUCCCGUGCCCGCUUAAAAAAAUGGCCGACAAACGGGGAAAAAACUCCGGAAAACCGAGAAAGCUUUCAAAGGUUGAAACUAGGAAUCUUACCGAAAUGCUGAGCAGGAUAUUAUUGGCUUACCAUCCUGGCCAAACAUAAUAUUAUGAAACCCACUGAUGUCCUCGCGACUUCUUGAAGUUGUCAUUUCAAAAAACGAUGCCUCGUUGACCCUCUGGUCAGUAAACUUAUACUGCAAAUAGGCCUCUAAAAUUCUUAUGUUAAAAGUCAAGAAUAAACAACAAAAAAUAUUUUGGAAUAAAGUUCAUUAGCUGCGUAUCGAAAAGUGUCCAAAACCUGAGCGUGACAUCUUCGCAAAAAGUGAUGUGUGUAAUAAAUGUGAGAAGCAUUAAGCUUAAAUUCAGCUUGGAUGUUGUAGUCACAAUCGUGUUUUGAGCUAAUUUUAUGAAUGAACAAACUCAAAACAAUAGGCAGAGAAGCCGUUUCUAGAAAAUUUUUAUUCAAAAUCCAAAAAGUUAAUCCUUCAAAGCAAUUCGCAAAACACUAUCUGGAUCGUGGAUCCGUUCACGCAAGUGAAAUCGGCUGAACACAUGGCAAAAUUCAACACAAAAUCUAUCGGGGCAAAUUUUGUAAUUUUUCUUUAGCGCCGAAUUAAGGAAAAAAAUGUAUAAAACGUCUAUGAAACAUUUAAAAAUACAUAAAUUCCCUUUAAAAAACGUAAUUGUCUUGGCCAUAGAGUGCAAAAUGUACCUGAAAAUUCAGCUAAAACUUCGCUGACUUGGUCGCAUUUCAAAACCAUCAUGGGCUCCGCCGUGACGAAAACAAGGUUGAAUUCCUCGAAGGACGAUUUCUUGAUGAAAAGCUUCCCUCCUCCACAAAAAGAAAGCCGAGCAUUCUUUUGAACUUUCUCUUUCCAUUUUUUGUCUUCUAACGGUGUAUUUUUAACCUUGAAAUGCAGAACUCUUGUCUUAAAACAUCUGCAUGGUGAUCGCGCAGCAGCCAUUUUGUUGAAAAUGGAUAUCCGUCACUAAGGUUUCAAAAUAUGGUAAAAGUGAAUAUUCACGAGCAUUGAACGCGAGUUGCACGUUUCAACCCCUUAUGGGUUUCUGCUUACACCUACAGGGGUUUAACUUAUACCUACAGGGGUUUAACUUAUACCUACUUGGGUUUAACUUAUACCUACAUGAGGGGUUUAACUUAUACCUACUUGGGUUUAACUUAUACCUACAUGAAAGGUUUAACUUAUACCUACUUGGGUUUAACUCAUACCUACAGGGAUUUAACUUAUACCUACAGGGCUUUAACUUACACCUACAGGGGUUUAACUUAUACCUGCUUGGGUUUAACUUAUACCUACUUGGGUUUAACUUAUACCUACAGGGUUUUAACUAAAACCUACAGGGGUUUAACUUAUACCAACAGGGGUUUAGCUUAUACCUACAGGGAUUCUUUAUAUCGAGAUUCCACUGUCAUGUAUUUUUGUGGCGCUUUCUGAUGAGUACGAUCGCAAAAUGUUUGCGCAAAACAGACUGUGAUGUUGACUUUUCAUUUCUUCUUAGUGGGAAAAAAGCGAAUACAAAUAAGGGGUGCAAAAAUCUGUUCACGUCAAGGAGCCUGGUCCCAGGUUACUUUAAAGGUCCAUUUUCGUAAUCUUGUUUCAUUUUCUCCUCCUCCUUGUGAUUGUAGUGGGUGUAUUUAUAUAUUGACACCCCGGGGCUUUUAAGGUUCCCUCUUUGCUUAAAAGUUCAAUAACUUCAAAACCGUUUAAGCUAUGGCCACCAAAACCAUCUGGGAACAUUUUUAAGUCGUCAUGGCGUGUACGUCAAUAAAUUCAACAAGAUGACUUCAUAAGAACGUCAAAUCACCUCAUUGUGUCAAUCAUGUUGCAUCUUGUACAUUAUUCUGUGCAAUUUUGGUGGCCGUAUCAUGAGCAGCUUUUAAGUUAUAGUGCAAUUCUUCUGAAACCCCCUACCCCCUUUCGCAAAAAGUAAAAACAAGUGGUCUGAAUAGUGUUACAUAUGGCGUCUUUGGUAACACAGGCAAGGAUGGCAAAUAACAAGAGCAAUUUAAAUUGGUUAUUUAGAUUUAUAACCAAGGGUUGUACUCCGCUUCUUUGCUUCACUCUCCACGCACUAAUACUCACCCACGAUAGUUCUUUUUCAAUAGGAGAGGUUGGUAAAACAGGAGGCGUCGGCCCUCAGGGUCCCCCCGGACCACCGGGAGAGAAAGGAAAGGGACUGUCUGGGGUGAAAUACGUUCGCUGGGGAAGAACCAACUGCUCUGGAGAUGCAACAGUGGUGUACAAUGGUAAGAAGACAUUAUCCUUUUAUCUACCUUCUCUCGUUGAACAAUGCAUUUGCGAUUAUCAGGUUAAGUAAGCAUUAUUAGUAGGUCGUAUAUCAAUAUUAACACUAGCAAUACGUUUAUCGUAAAAACCUCGCGAGGAGGAUGUAAAGGGACAGUAGUAAGAAUACAGAGAAACUAGCCAAAGGAUUCAAAGAAAAAAAAAAUAAAACUAAACUGGAAAAAAUGUAUCACAAAUAAAAGGCUUUGCCAAGAGUCGAACCUGAACCAUCUGCCUCUAAGGUCGACUCCUAGACAACUGAACCAUGCUGCCGUAAUUUCCGUAAUUUAUAAACCUUUGCUACAGGAGGGCCUUACAGCGAUCGCUUUGUGGGGAACAACAUGAAAACUCGUUUUUGUGGGCGUUUCCACCUGUUUUGGUAUUUUAAGGCUUAUGACAAUAUUUUCAAGCUUAUGGUGAUGGCUGGAAAGUGGGUCAAGAGUUCCUGAAUGGAGCUUUCAGUCGUAUUCUCGGGCAUGUUUUAUUUUUACAUGCAUCUUAGGCGUGUUAGUCGAGCAAAUCGCACAGAUUUGGGCGUUUUUCAAAAAAAUACCCUAAAGUAAGCCUUCAGCGUAACUUAGAAGUCAAAGUUGUAGUGAAAUAGCGUAACUUAUGACGUCACAAAUGGACCGUAGUUAGGGUGGUUGCAGGAAAAAUAUCGUGAUUGAGUGGUUAAUUCAUCAUUGAACGUAUUGCCGGGAGGAUAUAUACAGUAAAAUCCGCAGGUAAAAACCUGGCCGGGCCCAGUUGUUCGAAGGCCGCUUAGCGCUUAACCCGCAGUUAAAUUUAACCCUGGUUUCUUUGUCUCGUGUUCAAAAGUAUUUUCUCGAAUAAUUUUCUCUGUUAUUUUUAGAGCUUCCAAUCAUCAACUUGUAGACAAAAAGAAUUGAAACUGAAACGCUUUUUAAUUUUAAGCUUUCAAAUCUGAAUUCAAAUCUCGCACUAACCCUGAGUUAUCUUAACCCAGCUUCGAACAACUCGGCCCUGGAUUUUUAAGAACCAGCUAGAACUUAUAAGGUUAAAAUUUUCCAGUUCGGCCCCUUCCAUACAAGAACCUGUAUGUUUAGACUAAAAUUUAAAACAGGUUUUUAUUUUCUAAAAUCUAUAAUAAAAAAUUGACAAUGUGUACUCUAAUAGGUAAAUAAGUCAACAUCCACGAAUGAUCCUCUAUGGAAACAUAGAUACUUUUAAUUAUCACUUUAACUUCUAUGUAAUCGUAGGCAGCUAUUUCAUAUAAGGAAUAAGCUGAAGACCACUACUUUUAGCUACAGUGUAUUUUUUCUUCAGAAAAUAAGAAUCUAUUUAAGAACCUAAAUAGCUUAAAUUUGAGCUAAUUACCUUUUAUUUAAGAACCUAUUUCAUAGGGCUAGCUUAGGAAAAUGCACGUCCUCGCCCGAUGGUAUUUACUGUAAACUCGUAAUACUUAAUUUAGUUCAUUUUCAGUGUGAAUGAAAUUUAAAUGACAAAAAGUUUCAAACAGCUUUCUUGUCUUUAGGUAUAAUGGGUGGUGAACAUUACUCUCACACUGGAGGUGGAGUGAACUAUCUUUGCCUUCCAAACACUCCAAAGUACGACAGAUACAGCGACGGCUCUCAAACGGUAGGAUACGUUUACGGCACCGAGUAUCAAGUUAGUAGCUAUAGUGGGUAUCCUUUCAGACGAAAUCUCCAUGAUCAUGAGGCGCCGUGCGCUGUCUGCUUUGUCAAAUCACGUGCUUCAAUGCUGAUGAUGCCCGCACGAAAUGAUUGUCCAUCUGGAUGGACCGAAGAGUAUCAUGGGUAUCUGAUGACUUCAUAUUACGGUCACAAAAACCAAAAAGACUUCGUCUGUGUUGACAAAGACCCAGAGUAUGUUCCGGGGACUAAUACGAACAAGGGUGGUGCCUUGCUGUACCACGUUGAAGGGCAAUGUGGCUCUCUUCCAUGCCUUCCAUAUGUUCAGUAUCGAGAGCUGACAUGCGCGGUGUGCACAAAGUGAGAGUGAACGUCGCACAAACCUUAUGUAGCCGAAAACACUGUAGCCCAAAAGCUCAAGAGUAUGUCUUUAUCAUAAAAGAUAUAUUGUAAUAAAAAAGGCAGACAACGCAAUGCCUUUCUAUUUAGAAAUAGACUUGAAAAUCUAUCAUGCAGCUCUUCAAAAAAACAGUGUUCUUAAUAAUAUGUCCAGUAGAUCAUUUGUAUGUGUAUAUCCUUUGGUACUUCAGUAGUCUGAUACCAGUGCAGUUUAUGGUCAUUGCAGCCUAUACUAUUUUUCACGAAAACUUCAUACGGCCGUUCGAAAUAUAAGAAGAGUAAAAACUGAGGAUCCUUAAAUCCGUCACUUUUGGUUGUUUUUUGUCGCUUUGGUGGUUAUUAAUGACAAAGCAAUUGUACUAUAGCAUAAAGUAUCCUUACACGUCAAUAGUAGAGUAAUGUACGUAGAAACAAAUUCUUAGCUAAGUAAAAUACUAAAAUUUGUUGAGAGUUGAAUAAGAUAAAAACAUCAGGACCCUUUCUGAUUAGAACUAAUACGAUAC